AUGACAAUCGAGCAAUAUGAAGCGGAGUUUGCAAGGCUGUCUAAGUAUGCUCCGCGGAUGGUUGAUAAUCCUUUGGAUAAGGCAAGAAGAUUCAGAGAUGGGCUACAACCUGACCUCCGUAGCCAACUGGUGGCUUUGGACCUGCAGAACUAUGAGGAGCUAUAUAGGCGGGGUCAACCGAUUGAAAGGGACAUGAGGGAAAGAAGGAAAAUGGCCCCCGGACCGCGGUUCGUCCCUCGGAGGGACAAUCGUAACUUUGGGAAGAGGCCAAUGAUGAACAACAGGCGAUUUGUUCCUCCAGUGAAGAAAGGAAUUGGGAAGCCGACUCGCUCGAACAAUUGGAACUGUCGUCUCUGUGGAAGGCGACAUGGAAAUGGACCUUGCCCCGGCCGGGGAGGUGCCUGUUUCAGAUGUGGCAAGAUGGGCCACCAUGUUAGGCAGUGCACCGAGAAAGCUCCUGGAGAUUUUCCGCAGAUGGUAAGGCCGCAGGGAGGGCCUCAGAUUGGAGUUGCUCCUCAAGGGAGCCAGAACCGACCGCCGGCGCAAGGAAGAGUCUAUGCUGUGGCGCGAAAGGAUGCUGAGAAUGCGCCCGGCGUAGUCACAGAGUUAAAACCGUUGGAAGUAGUAUUGCAUGUGGCUACACCCUUAAAGAAUGAAGCGUUGGGUUCCUUAGGGUGUCAGAACUGUAAGAUAGUGAUUGGCGAUAGCGAAGAACUAAUCGAUCUUGCUGUGUUGCCCAUGUAUGACUUUGAUGUUAUUGUUGGGAUGGAUUGGUUAGGCAAAUUAAAGGCUGUGGUUGAUUGUGGUAGCAGGGCGAUUCAAUUCUUUCCUGUUGGUCGCCCUAGAUUUGACUUUGUCGGGAGCCGGGGAGGAACCUCGAUCCCUUUGAUCUCGUCACUUGAGAUUUACCUGGAUUGCCACCCGAGAGAGAAACAGAAUUCUCUAUUGAGUUAG